AUGAGAGCCCUCCUCUCUAUGCUCGUCAUUGCUUGCUUCAAUGGGAGUGAAGCAUUGAUAAGACGCAAACACGUCCGAAAUAAUAACAUCACGCAGUUUAAUUAUCAUGUCCAGCUCUCCUGUUCCGCAAUGCCCUAUUUUUGUUAUUACGGGUACUACUUGGAAUUCGAUUGGUUGUCCCCGGAUGAUAUGUUUACCCAUAUCCCAUUCCAUUGUGGAUCAGGAGUCUCCCAUCACUACGCCCAAUUUUCCUUUUUUGGAGACGAUCGCGACGAUUGGCAUAAGGAUCUGCAUCCCUUCAUUGAAAUUUACCACAACUGCACCCGAUCACACAACGUACUCCAGAUAACACGGAACUUCGACAGAGUGGCUGUUAAUGGAAGUCGUGUCGAAGAAUCGAUUGCUAUUGCAGCUAUCGACAAGGGUGUACCCACAAUGGUGGAAAUAAAUGCGGAAUUCAUGGAACACUCAUAUAAGGUCUCAUUCAUAUCACCAGAUGUCACCGCACGGGCCAAGCAAGGAAUCAAUCACUAUCCUGCUGAAAUCAAGGACUGGUUACAAUCGAAAACAAUUCAUCUUGAUGCAAGUGAAGUGAACAAAAACACGACACAAGUUCAAUUUGUGGAUCAUAAAUUGGAAUGGAUUCCAAUGGAAAAAUUCGAGGAAGAAGGAAGUGGUGUUGCUGCAGUUGUUCACAAUCCAUAG